CCCGCGAAAUCCCAUUUCCCUCUCCCCUAAAACCCUAACCUCCGAAGUCGCGCGGUCGCCGCCGCCGACGAACUUUGCGGCGGCGAUGGCGCUGUACCUGCUCUUCGAGUCGGCGUCGGGGUACGCGCUGUUCCACGCCCACGGCGUCGACGAGAUCGGGCAGGGCGUGGACGCCGCCCGCGCCUCCGUGCUCGAGCUCCAGCGGUUCAGCAAGGCCGUCAAGCUCGCCGGCUUCUCCCCCUUCUCCUCCGCCGUCGACGCGCUCAACCAGUGCAACGCCAUCUCCGAAGGGAUUAUGACUGAUGAGCUGAGGAGCUUCCUGGAGCUCAAUUUGCCCAAGGUGAAGGAGGGGAAGAAGGCUAAGUACAGCGUCGGGGUCAUGGAGCCCAAGGUCGGGUCCCAUAUCUCCGAGGCCACCGGGAUCCCCUGCCAGUGCAAUGAGUUCGUCCAGGAACUGCUCCGCGGAGUGCGGCUACACUUCGAUCAUUUCAUUGAUCAACUCAAGCCAACUGACUUGGAAAAGGCUCAGCUAGGCCUGGGGCAUAGCUAUAGCAGGGCAAAGGUUAAGUUCAAUGUGAACCGUGUGGAUAACAUGGUAAUUCAAGCGAUUUUUUUGUUGGAUACACUUGAUAAGGAUAUCAAUUCCUUCUCCAUGAGAGUGAGGGAAUGGUAUUCUUGGCAUUUUCCUGAGCUGGUCAAAAUCGUGAAUGAUAACUACGUUUAUUCUAAGAUUGCAAAGUUUGUGGUGAACAAAUCUGAUUUAGCAGAAAAAGACAUCCCAGCUUUAGCAGAUAUAAUUGGAGAUGAGGACAAGGCAAAAGAAAUUGUUGAAGCAGCAAAGGCAUCCAUGGGCCAGGAUCUUUCACCAGUUGAUUUGAUCAAUGUCCAACAGUUCGCUCAAAGGGUCAUGAAUCUAUCUGAAUACAGAAAAAAUCUUUAUGAGUAUCUAGUAACAAAGAUGAAUGACAUUGCACCAAAUCUGACAUCAUUGAUUGGUGAAAUUGUUAGGCUUGGAGCUCGGUUAAUCUCUCAUGCUGGCAGUCUUUCAAAUCUUGCGAAGUGCGCUGCUUCCACUCUUCAAAUUCUUGGCGCUGAAAAGGCACUUUUCAGAGCUCUGAAAACUCGUGGUAACACACCCAAGUAUGGCCUCAUAUUCCACUCAUCUUUUAUUGGCCGUGCGUCAACUAGGAACAAGGGCAGAAUAGCUCGAUACCUGGCAAAUAAAUGUUCCAUUGCCUCACGCAUCGACUGUUAUUCAGAGUUGAAUACCUCAGUUUUCGGUCAGAAGCUGCGCGAACAAGUUGAGGAGAGACUAGACUUCUAUGACAAGGGUAUUGCACCGCGUAAGAACCUUGAUGUGAUGAAAGCUGCUAUUAAUGAUAUGACAAAUGCCGUCUCAGAGGAUGGUGGUGAAAAAGAGAAGAACGACACAUCUGCUAAGAAAAAUAAGAAAAAGAAGUCUAAAGCUGAAGCUGAUGGUGAAGAAAUGGACCUUGAUAAGCCUGCCAAGGUUGCUGCAGAAGAGACUGAUCCAGAAAAUGAGAAUAAGAAGAAAAAGAAGCACAAGCUAGAGGAGCCACAGGAUCAGGAGAUGGCAGUCAAUGGCAAUCUCGAACAAGAUGAAACUCCCAAGAAGAAGAAAAAGAAGAAGCCGGAGGCUUCAGAAGAUGUUGAGCCUAGGACAGCCACUGAAGGAAAGAAGAGAAAGAAGAAAAAGUCCAAAACAUUGUUGAUAAUGAGUCAUGAUCAACUUAAGUGUCAAGGAUAACAUUGCUGCUCUGGUUAGAGCUUCCUUGUAACAUUGCUGCUGUUCUGGGUAUCAAAAUUCUAGUUAGGGCCUAGGGGUUCCUCUAAGAGUUACAUGUGAUGCAUAUCACCUUGGAUGGAGCCUUUUCUUUUCAGAUAGCUUAAUUACCAUCUUAUCGUAGUAUCGCCUGUGAAAUCCCAAACAUGUAUACAAGUUUGCAUUGUAAUCUGACUCAUGGGGCAGCACAUGUCCUUGUUGCCAGUCAAGAAUGUUGCAGGUUUGUGUUGCAGCUAGCUAAUCACUUGCGUUGCAGAGAUGAUGCAAAACUGCGUUUGCUCUUGCUCCUCCUCCUCUUGAUCUUCCUGUCUGAUGCGAGGUUCUUCUUCCUGUCUACUUCAAGGGUGUUCUUCCUGUCUACAGCGAGGUCCUUCAGUACCUGUUCGACUUCUUGAACAACACCAAGUCUUCUGAGCCAUCCUGCAAGCAGCUGAGAAGGUUCUUGGCCAAUAAUAACGCCGUUCUCCUCGAGCUCUGUCAAAAAUGCCAGUGCUCCUUCUAGCCUGUUCACCUUCUCAUAAGCCCCCAAUAUCAAAGCAAUGCAUUUGUUGCACGGUGUGAUUCUCGCGCUUCUCAUAUUCCGUGUUACUAUCAUCGCUUCGUUGAUUCGAUCCGCGAGGCAGUAAGCAUUCACCAGAAGUGCGCAAAGCUUUGUGUCAGGUACUAUCCCUGCGAA